CGCUCGAGCAGGAGCUUGUUGACCCUCUUUCUUUUUUCCUAUUUUUUUUUUUUUUUUUUUCCCUUUCUUCCUUCUUUCUUUCUUUCCUUCUUUUUUUGGCUAGGCGCUCUUCCUUACUACGCCAACAGACACUUGUUGCCGCUGGAAUGCAACUACGACUCCUCUCUGACUAGUCCUUUUUACACCCUCUGCUGCAACUGUCGCCGUCUGCCGUUUUCACAAUACUUACGAUUUGAGUCUUUGACGUGCGCUGGAAGUGCAUGACGACCAUUGCAGAGAACUUGAUCGGCAUGGCUGGACCCAUGGUGCUCAUCUUUUUAACGUUCUGCGUUGCUGUCAGCUUAGCGGCCAAGGAACAUGUCAACUUUGGAUACAGUGGACCACGUGGCCCAGAGCAUUGGGCAGAAGAUUAUGAGUCUUGCUUUGGAAAACAUCAAUCGCCCAUUAACAUUGAAGAACACGACGUUCGUGACGUGUAUUUACCAGCUUUAGUGUUUUCUGGCCUAGAAUUGCCAAGAACUCUUUUAAUGAUAAAUAAUGGUCACACAGCGCUACUCCACGCAUCCGACAAUAGUAGACAGACAUACAUGUCGGGUGGCCCGCUGAACGGCGCCUACGUGUUCGAGCAACUCCACUUUCACUGGGGCGAGAAUGACCGGGAAGGCUCUGAGGAUCUUAUAAAUAAUCACUCCUUCGCCAUGGAACUGCACGCUGUGUUCUAUAAAAAGGAUUAUGGCUCGAUGAAUAAAGCGACCAAGUAUUCUGAUGGUCUGGCGGUGAUCGCUUACUUUUUCGAGGCUGAUUCACAAGACGAAUCCAACCCGAUGUUUGCUACUGUAGUAAAAGCUUUACCAGAAAUCGAAAAAGUUGGUACGGAAACUAAGCUUCCAGACGGUAUGAAAUUGGGAGAUCUUCUAGAUCCAAUUGGAUCACCAGAUGACUGGAUGCAAAAUUAUUUUACAUACAAUGGUUCCCUAACAACUCCACCUUGCUCUGAAGUUGUUACUUGGAUUGACUUCAAGUAUCCACUUUACCUUUCUCAUGCACAGAUUGCAGCGUUUAGAGAUAUUAGAAGUAUAGAAGGCCAAAAAUUGACGCAUAAUUUCCGCCCAGUUCAGCCAUUGUCCGACAGAUUAGUCAUGCAUAAUUCACCUCGAAAAGAAGUAAGCGAACAGAUUAAAAGAAUUCAAGAUGACGAUCAAAGUUCAGCUGAUCAUAUGAGUGGCAGUCUUACAAUCAAGUUAUGUCUUCUUACUUUACUUGGCAUAAAUUUUAUCCCCUAUAAUCAGCGAUGAUUAAUUUUUAAUUAAGUUCGAAUAAUAUCAUGGAAUCAAUGGGAAAGUAUGAGGACCCGAUCAUUACGUUUAACUAAAUUUAAGAGGUGGUGAUAACUCAUAUGCAGCGAUGUAAUCCUAAUCAACUGAAUGAAUUGAAGCAUAGGUCUUAGUAAUUCACAUACAGUGCUAAGUUAAUUUUAGCAAUGUGCAUACACUAUUUCAUAUUUAUUGGUAAACCUGUAUGACUUCUUAUUCAUUCGGCUUGAUAGAUGUAUAAUUUUAUAUAAUUUAAGAGACAAUGUAAUUUUGUUUUUACUUGUAAAUAUGUAUACAAUAUGAGCAGAAAAAUAUGAAUAUGCAUACGACAGCACAAUACCGUUAACUUAAUAUAAACACACUACGCCAUAGUCAGGAUACCGGACAAUUUUAAUAAAAUGUAAAAUAAAAAUUUUUUUGAAGUUUUUAAUAACU